AUGGCCCAGAGAGAGCAACUGAACAAGACCGGCACCUGCUACGUAGAACAUGUGUUGCACUCUCAUGAUAUCUGGCGAGAGCCGGGCGCCCCCCGGCUAUCCGUCUCGGUGUUCCUCAAGCAGCUCGGGAUCACCAUCUUCUUGUCGCACGCCCUCAUCUUCGCCCUCAGGCCUCUUCGCCAGCCUCGGAUUGUUGCCGAGAUUCUCUGUGGCUUGCUGAUCGGUCCGACCGCGUUCGGGAACAGCAAGUACUUCGAAUAUGUCUUUCCGGAGAGGAGUUUUGUGAAAAUCGAGACGGUCGGAUAUCUAGGCCUCAUGUACCAUCUGUUCCUCGUUGGGCUCCGGUUCGACUUGUCUGCGUUGGCGUUGAUCGGGAAGAAGGCCACCUCAAUCGCGCUGGCGGCCUUCUUCCUCCCCGGGAUAGUCGGGAUAAGCACCUUCUUCAUGGUGACCAGCUCCCCCGGCGCCCGGGAUGCCGAUGGGCUCGGUGGCGUGUUCUGGGUCAUAGCCCUGACGUUCACGGGGUCGCCCGUCCUAUCUGAGAUCCUCGCGAGCAUCAAGCUCCUCCACAGCGACAUCGGGAGGACCGCGACAGCUGCAGCCGUCAUCAGCGACGUCUGCGCGUGGGUCCUCAUCAUAGUGGUGAUGCCGAUCAGCCUCGCGGGCAAAGAGUUCUCUUAUUCGUUCACCGCUAUCAUCGGAUUCAUAUUGGUAUGCCUCUUCGGAUUUCGUCCGGCUCUCGCGUGGAUAAUCAGGAAGACUUCCAAGGAAAGGGAUUAUAGCGACCACUACGUGGUGAUUAUCUUGAUCGGGGUCUCAAUCUUCGGGCUGAUCACGGACAUCAUCGGCACGCACGCAUUGGUCGGCGCCUUCAUGUUUGGAUUGAUAAUGCCGAACCGCGACCUCGGGUCGAAAUUGGUACUCAAGAUCGAGGAAUACGUGGCCGGCAUUCUGUUGCCGUUCUUCUACGUGGUGUGCGGAAUACGCGCCAAUCUGUGGGAGAUCAAGAGGCUGGAGGAUUGGGCAGUGACUGUUUUUGUGAUAUGUCUAGGAUGGUUGGCCAAAGUCCUGAGCACCAUGGGGAUAUCCAUGUUCUUCAACAUACAACCUAGGGAAGGUGUUGUCCUAGGACUGCUCAUGAACUGCAAGAGCCUCUUGGGUUUGGCUCUGCUUGAUGUGGCCUGGGACAAAGGGGCCUUGAGCACCCAGCACUACUCGAUCAUGGUGCUGGCUUUCUUGAUCAUGACAGGCUCGGUCGCGCCACUCAUCGACGUCAUCUAUGGCCCGACCAAGCGGUUCAUGCACUACACGCUCCGGUCCAUUCAGGCAGCCGGGUCCAACACUGAGUUCCGGGUCCUCUCGUGCAUCUACUCGACGCGCCACGUCUCGCCCAUCGUCAACCUCCUCGAGGUCUCUACGGGCAACAUGCGCUCACCCUUCACCGUGUUCGGGCUCCACCUCGUCGAGGUCACGGGAUGCGCCUCGGCGACGCUCAUCGUCCACGACCCGAACAAGCCCAGCAAGUCCCACCUCCACGACUCGGCGCAGUCCGAGCACAUCAUGAAGUCCUUGGAGGACUUCGAGUACCAGAACCGGUCGGCGUCGGCCCAGCUCCUGACCAUCCUGUCCCCAUACGAGAGCAUGUGCGAAGACGUGUGCGGCCUCGCCGAGGACAAGCGCGUCUCGCUCAUCAUCCUCCCGUUCCACCGCCGGGCCACGAUGGCUGGGGCCAUGGAGGACGCCGAGCUCACGUUCCGGCCCAUCAACCGGAGCGUGCUCGCGGAUGCGCCCUGCUCCGUGGCCCUCUUCAUCGACCGUGGGCUCGCGGCAAUGCGGCGGACAGAGUCGAACCACAUCAUGACCCGCCGGGCCGCCAUGCUCUUCAUCGGGGGCCAUGAUGACCGUGAGGCGCUCGCCUACGCAUGGCGGAUGGCGGGCCACCCCUCCAUCAGCCUCACGGUGGUGAGGUUCCUCCAGGGCAACGACGUCGUGGACAUCGAGCUCAUGGAGCUCCAAGAGCGGCAUGGCAUCCUGACCAUCAUUUCCGACAUGGAGAGGCAGAAGCGGCUCGACGACGUCUACAUCGCCGAGUUCCGCCGGAACAACUCGGGCAACGAGUCGAUAACCUACCGCGAGGUGACGGUGAACAAUGGGAACGAGACCGUGACGGCCAUAAGGGAAAUGGAGCGCGAAUUUGAGCUGUACAUCGUCGGGCGGAGCGAGCGGUCCAUAUCGCCGCUCACGUUCGGGCUGGCGGAGUGGAGCGAGUACCCGGAGCUCGGGGCCAUCGGUGACAUACUCGUAUCGUCGAGUUUUAAUAUGCAAGCUUCAGUUCUGGUGGUGCAACAGUACGUUUCGGAGUCCACGGCGGCUGAUGAAGAUGGGAUUGGGAUCUUAGAUAGCCUGGCUUUUUCCAAGAAGUAG